AUGUACGAACGAAAACACAGAAGAUCCCAUAAGAACUCCCGAGAUGGCUGUCCAAAUUGUAAGGUCCGACGUAUAAAGUGUCCUGAAGACCUACCAAGUUGCAGUAAUUGCAUCAAAAAGAACAGUCGAUGUGGGUAUCUUGAUUACCCAAAGGAGAAAUUAGAGUACAUUCGUCGAAAGAAAUCUAUGGAACGAGAACAAGGAGAUUUUAUGCCUCUGGUGCCUUACUUUAUACCCCCUUCGCAACACUAUGGCGAUGGUGACUCCAAAUAUUUUGUUUAUAGAGGGGCUGAUAGUUCUGGACCGUCAGUAGGGGUCAACAGUAACAUUGAUGUUGCUAACUCUUCCGGAGUGGGCUAUUGUACAUCUUCAAACGAUAAUAGCCCCUAUAGUUAUUUCAAAGGCGAUUGCCAUACCAACAAUACGGCUGGUUCCGUCAAUUAUCCUAAUAGCACCAUCAGUAAUGGAAAAUCAAAUUCGGCUAGUUCGUCUGAAUCUGGAUCUAUACCGAGAAACAACAAUUGCAAUAUGCCCACUGAUUCAAAUAACGAGGGUGUAUUCUUAACGCCUACCAUGGGUAGUUCUCUGACUGGCCAACUUCAAAAUUCACAAGCAAGUGCAUAUGCAGACUAUUCGUAUCGACCGCAACCACCAUAUGAUAUACCAAAUUCACAAGCAGACUCAAAUCUGACCAUUCCUGCUUAUUUAAAUGGUUCCAAUCCACAACACGAUCAGUAUCGUUUCCAGGUGUACCGUGAGUUGUUUCAUGACUUUAACCCCGAUUAUUGUGAUUUCACUUUUCCAGAAGCAACAAAAAACAAUACAAGCCACAUAGAUUUGUCGAAUUCUGAAAGCUUUUCCAUCUUUAAUACUGUCUCUUCAAAUGAGUCACCAACUUAUGCAAGUCCAACAUCUAUUACCACGCUAUCUCCAAUUCAUAAGUCUACACAAGCAUCAUCUACCCUUGCAACUUCAUCAGAGCCGUCAGAGCAUUGUUUUUCCUCAGAGGAAAGCCGAAAGAUGACCUCUACGACACAUGAGCAUCAUAGACAAAAAAGCAGCCGAAUGCUAGCACUGAGUAAGGUUGUCCAUUCCACAUUUCAAAGAAUAAAACUGAGUCCACUAGAAUCCAAAUUAGAUCUACCAAUGCAUCAAAUUCCUAAUGUGCCAGUUUGGAAACCUGAUUUUGUAAAAGCUUUUACUUUUGAUUUCUUACUCAAAGCAAGAUCUAUAAAAUUGUACUACAUUUAUGCAAUUGACAGAGCAACGUCAACACUAGUAAUGGGUAUGGCAGAAAAGUUCCAAUAUGCAAAAGCGUCUGAAUCAAAACAAUUAUGUUACAAUGAGGAAGAUCUAAAAGUAUUGAAAGGUAAAGGUUUCAUGAUAUAUGGUGCAUUGAUAACAUAUCUCAGAAGAUCAAUAUUGAAGAUGUCUCUUCAGUAUCCGUUAAAGGUAUCCUUUUUAGCCACAUAUUCAUCCUUGGGUCAACGUCAAUCUUCAAUGUUAACUUUUCAAUUAAUGCAAACAGGAACAAUGGCGUUGAUCAAUAAACAAUUGGAAAUUGCUCAUUCAAUUGAAAUGGUUUCAGGCAGUACACUUAGGUUGAUUUCGAUGUUGAUGGGUAUGGCAGGUACUUGCCUAAUCCCUGACUAUUCCAUUGAUAUUUUGCACCCCAUAUUAAGAGAUUUAGAAAUUUUCAUCAACAGUAUAGAUAAAUUGGCCCAAAACGGAUAUCCAUUAUCUGCUUUGGAUAGAGGGAUUCUAAAUCAUGAUUGUACUCGACUUCGUUCAUUUUUGAAUAGUUUACUAAGUGAAAGAUACCCCGCAAUUCACAAUAUUAACGAGAAUUAUAAGCAUAAGUAUGGCAUCGAAGACACAUCUCCAAACAUUUAUUUUACAUCACCAACCCUUAUGUUUGACAUUGCAACCGACUGGCUUUACUUAUCACUGGCGAUUUUUAAUAGGAGUUUUGGUGAUAGUAUUUUGAAGAUGAUUGCUUUUUUAUUCCAUUUUGUUGUUGGUAGAGUUCUUUCUAAUUGUUUGACUCCGAUAUCUAGUAUUCAUUUAUUGGACUUUAUGAAUAUUUUUUGUGUGUUGGAUUAUCUGAGCAAAGAUUUAUUGAAAGUAUGCUUGGAGAGAAUGAACCUCAAGUUUUACCCGGGCCAUAUAGUUCUGGAUGAGAGUGAAAAUUACGUGAUGUCUCUUUUCCGUAAGUUGAUGCGAAUAGAUCAAUUAAUGAGUUCUCGAUUGGUAAUGUAUCGGAUACAAUUGCGUGAUCAAACUAUUCCUCAAGUUCCUUACUUAAGAACAGUUGCAAGGCAAUCUGAAUCCCCUGAUACUAAAUAUGGUGACAUUGUUGGUUUUACAAUUCCCAAACUUUCAAGCAGCGAAAUUAUGUUGAAUGAUUUAGGGCAUGAUAUCCCCAUUACUGAGAAAAAUCUUCCGUACGUACCUAAUGGAAAAAUUUCGAAUCCACAAUUUCCCAUAGAGUGGUUACAAGGUGAUCAUUCGGUGUUCAUUAUCAACCGUGACACUAGCUUCAUUUAUACCGAAGGGUUGUAUUGGGAUGAUGUUGAUCCUAGACCUUUGAUAGAGAGUAUGUACAGCCCAUACGACACUCAAUAUUGUCUUUCACUUCAAGAAUUGAAAGACCGUGCGAAGGAGUUUCAAACAAGUCGUGAUGUAGUGGCUAAGGUACUUCAUUAA